GAGAGAAGAAGAAAUGGACACGAGUCUGAAUGUGGCAAUUCGAUUACCCAUAUUUUCCCCACCCCUUGACCCGAACCCGAACCAUAACCGUUCUUCCACGGAGCUCCGUUUCUCGCGGUGGAACAACGCUAACGCCGAGAAGUUCAACCGGCGCCAGCGAACCAUCCACGAAAUCGAAGAAGAAAUCCGCCGCACUCGCCGCUACAACGCCGCCGAAAACAUCGCUGACACCGCCGUCGUCGAUUCCGCAGCCGACUCCGCCGCAGAAAGGUUCAAAUCCUACGGAACUCCCUCCGCUCCGUCGAGCCCUUCCAUCCCGGGGAAGAAAUCGAAGUACUGCAAGCCACCGCCGAAGCCGAAACCCUUGCUCGAUUCGCAUCCCGUGGUUUCGCGCGCCUCGAGCCUCCAGUUUCAGCCGGGGCCGGCGAACGUGAAAAUCGGCGACGAUGGAGUGUCCUACGUGGUCGACGGCGCGCCGUUCGAGUUCAGGUUCAGUUACACGGAGACUCCGACCGCGAAACAGGUGAAAUUGCGCGAACCUCCGUACGCGCCGUUCGGACCGGCCACCAUGCCGCGGCCGUGGACCGGCAGGAACCCGGUGCCGCCGAGCAAAACGACGGUGAAGGAUUUCCAGUCACUCGUUCUUCCUCCGGAGAAGCCUGAACCGGUUCAGUCGUCCGGUUCGAAUUUGGUGUCGAGAGAGGAGAUAUUAGGAGAACCGUUGACUCGGAAUGAGAUCGUUGACUUGGUUAAUAGCACUUUGAAAUCUAGCAGCCAACUCAAUAUAGGUAGAGAUGGUUUGACACAUAACAUGUUGGAAACUAUACAUACUCAUUGGAUGAGGCGAAAAGUGUGCAAGAUAAGGUGCAGGGGAGUGUGCACUGUUGAUAUGGAUAAUGUGUGCAAGCAGUUAGAGGAAAGGACUGGAGGGAAAGUUAUUUACAGGCAGGGUGGCACAGUGUACCUUUUCCGUGGCAGAUACUACAACUAUAAAACACGGCUGCGUUUGCCUCUGAUGCGGUGGAAACCUCUUUCUCCAGUUUAUCCUAAGCUCAUUCAAAGAGUUCCAGAAGGUCUGACACUAGAGAAAGCAGAUGAAUUACGUCGAAAGGGAAGGGACUUGAUGCCCAUACGCAAGCUAGCAAAAAAUGGUGUUUACUGGGACCUUGUAGCUAAUGUCAGAGAGGCAUUUGAAGAGUGUGAGCUCGUGCGAAUAAAUUGUCAGGGACUAAAUAUAAGUGACUAUCGAAGGAUUGGAGGAAAACUAAAGGAUCUUGUUCCGUGUGUAUUACUUUCAUUUGAAGAUGACCACAUACUGAUCUGGAGAGGACAAACACAACCUUCGGAUGCCAAAGAAUUGUCAGUGCUGUGUAUACAGAAGAAUCCAGUGGAGCAACUAAGCAAUGAACCUCUUGACACUAGCAUUUCCUCUAAUUCAGAUGAUGCGAGUAUGCAUAAGGUUGUGCCUUGUCCCACAGAAAAUAGCAAUCUACCCGUGUCUGUCGUUACUGGUGCUGCUUCACUUCCUCUGAAAACCUAUGAAGUUGAAACCGCUGAAGAUAUCACAGCCUCUACUUGUGAGCCACAACCCUGCAGGAGCACCAGUCCAAGUGUGAAUGUGCCUGGAACUAGUAACAAUAACAUAGUGGAUACUCAUCCUGACAAGUUGCUAGAUGGUUCAGGAGCAGCACAUGCCAGGGAGCCCUCAAGUUCUGCAACACUCUGUACAGAAGGAAUUUUAUUACUGUUGGAGCAAGCUGUUGAGAAAGGCAGUGCACUUGUUUUUGACGAUGAACCUUUGGAUGAUGACUUUAUUUAUCAAACCACAUUGGCUUUUGCCGAGUCAGCUCCACCUGAGCCCAUUUUUAAGCUACCUAGAAAGGUUAUAGUUCAAGAAAGUGACAAGCAAGAAGGUUUGAAAUUGGAGACAGAACAAAUAACCAGUGUUACACUGAAAGAUGAAAAUAUGGAUAAGAAUUCUAACGUUAAUAGAAAAGAAUUGGUUGAGGAAUGUCCGAAUGGAGUACGAGGAACAACAAUAGUGGAUAAACUUGCAAUUCUGAAAUGAUACCAGAUGGUAGUAUCAAAAGAAGGAAAAAUUUAGUCCUUCUGCAGUACAUAUUGCUUUCGAAAGUAGGUUCGUUCGUUAGCUAUGAUGUUAGUUAUUUAUUUUAGGGAAUCAAAUCAUUGAUGUUUUAUUCUGCUAUAUCUAUCCAUUACGUUGUUUUUGUUCCUUUGUAUAUUCACAAUUCCAAUAUUACAUUGAUGUGAUUACUUCUAUACCGUUAUUAAAUUGUUGGCCUCCUGGUU